CACUGCGGCGCGCAAGCACAGCUGCCAGCACCACGGACAGCAGCCGCUGCGCCCACAGUGACCCGCCCGACGCGCGUGGACCGGUGUGCGGAGCCGGAGGAAGCGACGGCGACCCACCCCGAGGACGAAGCCGGGACUCGCUCUUUGUUCGGAGCUCGGGACCGUGCGUGUGAGCCGCUCUGCAGAGGGAAGCGAUGCUGCUGGACUCCCCGCUUUACAACCUGCCGCUAAUGUGAUGGUGCAGAUUCCUGCGCAUUGCACAUAAAACCACCCAUUUUCAGUGCCGUCCUCCCCCUCGGCCCCCUCUCUCUCUCUCUCUCCUCGCUCGCUCGCUCGCUCGCUCGCCACCCACCUGGGUCGUGUCUGCAGCUUUGAGUGCUGCCGUGCUGCCGCUCAGAGGCUGCUCGAGCCGACCCGCUGCCGGGGAGAGAAGCGUCCGGGCUGCGCUGCGCCGUCUGCGCCACACGAUGCGUCUGUUUCUGCUGGCGGUGCUCCUGUGGUGCUCGUGCGCGCGGGCCGGCUGCGAGCCGAAGACCGUGAACAUCGGGGCGGUGCUGAGCCAGAAGCGGUACGAGCAGGUCUUCAAGGAUGCGGUGACCCAGGCCAACCAGGUCUACGGCAGGGACAAAUUCAAGCUGACCGCCAUCUCCGUAACGCACAAGCCCAACGCCAUCCAGAUGGCUCUGUCCGUGUGCGAGGACCUCAUCUCCAGCCAGGUCUACGCCAUCCUGGUGAGUCACCCUCCACAGUCCAAUGACCACCUCACUCCGACGCCCGUCUCCUACACGGCAGGCUUCUACCGCAUCCCUGUGGUGGGUCUCACCACCCGCAUGUCCAUCUACUCUGACAAGAGCAUCCACCUGUCCUUCCUGCGCACCGUGCCCCCCUACUCCCACCAGGCCCACGUGUGGUUCGACCUGAUGCGCGAGUUCAACUGGAACCACAUCAUCCUGAUCGUGAGCGACGACCACGAGGGCCGCGCGGCUCAGAAGCGGCUGGAGACCCUGUUGGAAGAGAGGGAGACCAAGAAUAAAAAAAGGAACUAUGAAAACCUCGACCAACUGUCCUAUGACAACAAGCGAGGACCUAAGGCAGAGAAAGUCCUCCAGUUCAGCCAGGAGACUAACUUAACUGCCCUGCUGCUGGAGGCCAAAGAGCUGGAGGCCCGGGUCAUCAUCCUGUCCGCCAGCGAGGAAGACGCUGCUGCCGUGUACAAGGCCGCCCGCUUCCUCAACAUGACGGGCUCCGGCUACGUGUGGCUGGUGGGCGAGCGGGAGAUGUCGGGUAAAGCCCUGAGCGAGGCCCCGGACGGUCUGAUCGGCCUGCAGCUGAUCAAUGGCAAGAAUGAGUCCGCCCACAUCAAUGACGCGGUUGCUGUGGUGGCGCAGUCCAUCCAGGAGCUGUUCGAGAAGGAGAAUAUUACAGAACCUCCAAGAGGAUGUGUGGGCAACACCAAUAUCUGGAAGACAGGACCGCUCUUUAAACGGGUUCUGAUGUCAUCUAAAUACCCCGAGGGUCUCACAGGGCGAGUGGAGUUUAACGACGACGGCGACAGGAAAUACGCUCACUACAGCAUCCUGAACUACCAGAAGAGUCGGCUCAUUCAAGUGGGCAUUUACAACGGAACCCAGGUGGUAAUGAACAAUCAGCGCAAAAUCAUCUGGCCUGGGGGGGAGACUGAGAAACCACAGGGCUUCCAGAUGUCCACUCGGUUAAAGAUAGUGACGAUACACCAGGAGCCAUUUGUGUAUGUGAAACCCACAAUGCUGGAUGGAACAUGCAAGGAGGAAAUGACUUUAAAUGGAGUCUUAAUUAAAAAGGUUAUCUGCACUGGGCCCAAUGAGACCAUCCCAGGGCGUCCAAUCGUACCUCAGUGUUGUUAUGGAUUCUGCAUUGAUCUGUUAAUUAAGUUGGCCAUGACCAUGAACUUUACCUACGAGGUGCAUCUGGUGGCUGAUGGGAAGUUUGGAACACAGGAGAGGGUAAACAACAGCAAUAAGAAAGAGUGGAAUGGCAUGAUGGGAGAGCUCCUGGGGGGCCUGGCUGAUAUGAUCGUAGCCCCACUGACUAUAAACAACGAGCGAGCCCAGUACAUAGAGUUCUCCAAACCCUUUAAAUACCAAGGCCUCACCAUUCUGGUCAAAAAGGAAAUCCCUCGCAGUACACUGGACUCGUUCAUGCAGCCGUUCCAGAGCACGCUGUGGCUGCUGGUGGGUCUGUCGGUGCACGUGGUGGCGGUGAUGCUUUACCUACUAGACCGGUUCAGCCCAUUUGGAAGAUUUAAAGUAAACAGUGAAGAAGAGGAAGAAGACGCCCUCACCUUGUCAUCUGCCAUGUGGUUCUCCUGGGGAGUGUUGCUGAACUCUGGAAUAGGAGAAGGUGCCCCGCGCAGCUUCUCAGCCAGAAUCCUUGGCAUGGUGUGGGCCGGCUUUGCCAUGAUCAUCGUAGCCUCUUAUACUGCCAACCUGGCUGCCUUCCUGGUGCUGGACCGGCCUGAGGAGCGCAUUACCGGCAUCAAUGACCCGCGGCUGAGAAACCCAUCGGACAAGUUCAUCUACGCCACAGUGAAGCAGAGCUCUGUGGACAUUUACUUCCGGCGGCAGGUGGAGCUCAGCACCAUGUACCGCCACAUGGAGAAGCACAACUAUGAGAGUGCCGCCGAAGCCAUCCAGGCCGUGCGUGACAACAAGCUGCAUGCUUUCAUCUGGGACUCUGCGGUGCUGGAGUUUGAAGCCUCGCAGAAGUGCGACCUGGUGACCACGGGAGAGCUGUUUUUCCGUUCGGGCUUUGGCAUAGGCAUGCGCAAGGACAGCCCCUGGAAACAGAAUGUGUCCCUGGCCAUUCUCAGUUCUCAUGAGAACGGCUUCAUGGAAGACCUAGAUAAAACCUGGGUGAGAUACCAGGAGUGUGACUCAAGGAGCAAUGCCCCAGCCACACUCACCUUUGAGAACAUGGCAGGGGUCUUCAUGCUGGUGGCUGGAGGCAUCGCAGCAGGGAUCUUCCUCAUCUUUAUCGAAAUCGCCUACAAACGCCAUAAAGACGCCCGCAGGAAGCAGAUGCAGCUGGCCUUUGCGGCCGUCAAUGUUUGGAGGAAGAACCUGCAGUGGAAGUAACGCAAAUGAAAAAGAUGCUCGCUGGAGGCUCCGUCCAAUCCACUGGUUACUUACAGCGUAAAGGAUCCGUUCUGCCAAAUGUCAGCAGAGAAACGUUCCCCUCUUUCCUUCAAGCGCAGAGAGGGACCUCCCACCAGUAAACCUGUGGGGUGGAGGUGAAUGGAGUUUUAUUUGUGGCUUAAAACCGUUAUGCAAUGCAGGGUUUACUCCUCUGCAUCCAAACCGGGUUGGUUCCUGUAUUCCAAUGCAAUCAGGUGGAGCUCCCUCCUCCACCCAUGCGCCCUCCUUUCUCUGCUCCCUGAUUGGGUAGGUGGAGGAAGGUACAAACAAAAGCCAAUCACUCUGAGUCUGUGACGUGGCUCAGCCUUGAAGCAGGCAUUAAGCUUUGGCCCUGCUGAGUAGAGAGGCAGGGCUGGAGGUAGGUACUGUACAGCACAGAGUGUCCACCAUCGCCCUGACUACUGUGUGUAACUGUGGUACCAUGGGCUCAAACUGCAGCCAAUGCAUGUACGAGGAAGGAAGGAAAGGACACACCAAACUGUGGACCAGAGCUGCGUUAGAUCCAUGUCAGCGAUGAUCACAUCGGCUGAACGGAGGCAGCCCGAGAGCCAAACUAACAAACACACAGACUGUACAUGUAUCUGCUGACGAGUGUUUAUUAUUCAGGACGGUCUCAGACUGUUUGGUGCACAUUUAAGGGGACAGCUUGGUUAUGUAGGACACAGAGCAAUGAACAGUUGGUCUGUCCUCCUCCUUCCUUAGCUCAGCCACUGAAACGAGUGCAACCCUGGGUCCCAUGUGUGGCAUCACUUUGACUGCUUGUCUAUGUGUGGGUACAGUAUGUACUGCUAAUGUGCUCGGUGCUGUGCCUCCACAUACCUUCAACUUCAGGGUGUAGCCUCAGAAUGUGCACUUCUGACUAACCUGUGCACAUGUACUGGGCUGAAGCUGCAGGUAGAAGGCGUAAUCCAUCUCACUUUUUAAAGAUGAAGCUAUUAUCUCAGUCUAGAAUGACGUCAUGCAUGCAUGUGUAUCAGAGGCGCUGGAGCCGUUACUCAGAGGUGCACCGUGGACCCGUGACUGGAGACUGGUGUCACUCUGGGAUGAGGAGGAAGUGUCUCGAACUGUUUGAUGCUGAUUGAAAUGACCAAUGCCCGCUUGUGUUUCCUGACAUGAAACCAAUGCCGUGCCGCGCUUCAUCCUGCAUGGCCUGGUCAUCAGGGCUCAGCGCGGCCGAACGGCACUCCUGCUGUCUCAGGCGCUAAGACACGGUGGACGGUCCAGAUUAGAGGGAGGAAACGCACGUCACCUGAUUUCUUUUCCAGUUACAGUAGAUGCACUUGUCACAGGCUGGCGUUUUCCAUUUACUAACAUGACAUGUCAUCUUUCAACAGGAAAACUUUUUGCUAUUAUUGCCUGUUUGUGAUUGGAGUGAUGUUGUGAGCCAGUCACUCACCCGUCCUCUGCCAGCUGAUAUGCUAUCAGGGCUGGGAGAGGAGUGCGGUGAUGGCUGGUACAGAUAUGCCCUAAAAGAGCUCAGUCAUGUGACCUGAUGACGUCAGGAUGUCCUGCGAGGCCGGUGCUGGCCAGGAUUUACUGUCAUGCUCCUUGUUUUGUGUUUACUUCUUCUAUGUUCCUUCCUUCCCUCCAUCCAUAAAACAAUUUGGCAUGUGAAAUUCACACCACACUGCCCCGCCCCCAGAGGCCCCGCCCCCUGCUGCUCGCCAUCCUCCAC